AUGCCACCAUCGGCCCUGGAGAAAGUAUCGCCUUCUUCUAAUGACCCUGAUAAAUUCUCCGGGUCGACUAAAGAUACCAGGGUGUCACAUAACGAACAACAGACAUCAUCAUCUUCCAAUGGGCCCACGACAUUUUCAGGAAAUAUGAAUCGAGAAACAAUUGGAGACAGUGGACUGCAUCAUCUUGUCAGGGACCAACAAGCAACUACACAAUUAUCAUCUGGAAUGGUAGAUGUUCAAACAACACCCCAAUCUAAUGUUAAGAUUGAGUUACCUACAGAUGAACAUGAUGAUUCCUCUGCUGGAAAUGAUGGCGAUGGAUCAAUUUCAAACGGGAAUGGUUCACCAAUGGACGAUGAAUCCAGUAAGUUGGAAGAUUCAUCAGAGCUUUCAUUCACUAAGAAACUUGUAAAGAAGUCACGAACACAAUCCUUUCAAUCAGUUUUAUCUACAGCAUCAUUAAAGUCUUUGAAGUAUCAAUCUGCCGCCUUGGGUCCAGGCUCCACUUCUCAAACCACUUCUCGAAACAAUAGUAUGAUUGGUGAUACCACAAGUAAAAACUUCCAAUCUUUUAUUCAAGCGCCUGUUCUUUCAUCUAUAACGAAAUUCAGACGUUCUGAUGAUGAUAUACCGAUUGGCCAACAAUUACCCUUCAACGAUAAGUUAAAGAAUGAAUCCACUACAGUCGACGGUAAUCUGAAUAAAUCUGCCAAUACUAGCAAUUCAGAUACUCUGCAAGUUCAAAAUCAAGCUAACCAGACUUCAAGUACACAAGUUGAGGAUGAUGAAUUACUCCUUCAACAACAAAGACUUACUUUGAAUGCUUUAAGAAACUUACGACUUUCUCCCUUACCAUUGGCGGCAUCACAUAAUAAAACAGAAGAUUCGCCUGAAGACCCAAAGAGCACUUCUCGGGUCCUGUCUCGGUCCAAAGUUGUUCUGGAGCCUUAUCAACCUGCCGAGGUUGACCUUUCGACAUUUGCAUCGUUAACAAGACAACCAAAGCUUUCCAGCAGAAAUUCUUUUACUUCAUCACUUCCAAAGUUACCAGAGAAACCCUCCCAAACACAAGAACAACCUAAUGAAAACACCACAACUACGACCAGAAGUCUACAUUCUCUGCCUAAUUCACCUCAAUUAGUCAAUCAACCAGGACUGCAUCCACAGCAGCAAUCACAUCAUGGAGUGACUAACCAAAGUGCAACACAACAGGGGAUACCUCAAGCCAUCCUGCAGAAGCUUAAUAAUGACUUCAGACCGGCGCAAUUCCCUCAACAGCUUCAUCAACAGGGAAGUAUCAGUAAAGACUUGACGAUGAAACGCCAACCAAGCAUGAGUUUUAGUAAAGCAUAUCAUCAGCAACAGCAACAACACCAUUACCAACAGCAACAACAGCUUCAACAACAUCAACAGCAUCAGCAGCAGGUGCCAUCACCUGGCCAAUCAACACUUACUUCUUUCAAAUCUCAAACCAAUCAAGCUUCUCAACAUCAGCAGCUGCUACAACAACAACAACAACAACAACAACAACAACAACCACAACAACAACUACACCAAAAUCCACAAGGGGGCCACGAUACCCCAGAACAACAACUGCUUCCUCAUAGGCAGAUCCAACAAAUCAAAGGACUAAGAAGUCCAAUGUAUAUACCUGCUGUUCUCCGUAAGACCCAGAAUACUCCCAUUAAUAGUACUGGCACUUCCCCCAAGGAAGGAGAGACGGGAUUCUUUUCUCAAGACCUUGAUACAGCCACAGGGCAAGUGAUCUCUUCGACCAACUCCGUACGGUCAUUUGAUUCCAAUAACAAUGGAGAAUAUAGCAUAACCAAGAAACCAUCCUUCAUCGACUCAGCAUUAGACUCCAUUACAAAACUGGCACCAACCAGAAAGCAUUGGCUUAAAGAUGAACAUGCAUUGAAAUGUGGGAUCCCCUCAUGUCCCAAGAUAUUCAACUUCUUUGAACGUCGACAUCAUUGCCGUAAAUGUGGAGGUAUCUUCUGUAAUGAACAUACUUCACACUAUUUAUAUAUCAACAACCAGGCACAAUUCACCAUUGGAGGUCGUGGGACGCUUUCUAAAGUGUGUGAUAAUUGUAUUUCGGAGUACAAUGUAUUCAUUAAGAAUCAAUUUGGUAUGAAGGAGAAUCAGUCCAACCCCAGCUCUCCAUCUCCUGUUCAGGCUCUGGUUUCAGAAGGCUCAACAGCUGGAACAGCAACAGCAACAGCAGCGGCAGCAGCAGCAAAUCAAGCAAGAACAGCUUCAAAAGCAGCAACGACGACGACGGAUUUGACGACAGAGCAACCAACUUCAGAAUCUGCUUACGACAAGGUCAAUGAACUUCCUCAGUUCAGACGAAAGGAUAGCAUUUAUGAUAAUAGGAAUGAACAGUUGGUGGGCAGUGUUCCCGCGAAUUGGAGUUGGAGCUCUUUUUAA